AGUGAUGGCUGGCUAUAUAGUCUGUGCAGCCCAAGAGAAGGAAUUGAAGCUAAGAAGCACACCCCACACCCACACCCACACCCACCCCCACCUUACCUGACCUUAGUUAGCUGCUGCUUCUGCUGCUAUAAAGCUUUGUUACCGUCCCUCGAUCAGUCAAUCCAUCAAUCAAUCAAAUCAGGGAAUUCAAAGUAGAGCUGAGCUUAGGGUCGGGCCGGCCGGCAUCAUCAUCACCAUAUUAAUUAUCAUCUCCUUCACCCACCCAAUCCACCAUGUCUUCUUCCUCCUCCUCCACCACCUCCGAUUUCCUCACCGACCACCACCACCACAACCACCAUCUCUCCCCCUCCGGCGAGGAGCUUUGCUACGUCCGUUGCAGCUACUGUGAGAUUGUCCUUGCGGUGAGUGUUCCUUGCUCAAGCUUGUUCAAGACGGUGGCGGUCCGCUGCGGCCACUGCACCAACCUUCUCUCCGUCAACAUGUGUGCUCUCCUCCUCCAGCCCGCCCAGAACCAGCUCCACCUUCCCCAUUCUUUCUUUUCUCCCCAAACUCUCCUGGAAGAGAUUCGUAACACCCCACCGGGUCUUAAUUUGAUGAAUCAGCCGAACCCGCACGAGUCGAUGCUUCCCAUCCGAGGAUUCGAUGAGCUGCCGAAGCCUCCUGUGGCUAAUAGACCCCCGGAGAAGAGACAGAGAGUGCCAUCUGCUUACAACCGCUUUAUCAAGGAUGAGAUCCAGCGUAUCAAAGCAGGAAACCCUGAUAUUAGCCACAGGGAGGCCUUCAGUGCAGCUGCAAAGAAUUGGGCCCACUUCCCUCACAUUCAUUUUGGACUCAUGCCUGAUCAACCCGUGAAUAAACCCAACGCAUGCCAACAGCAGGAAGGGGAUAAUGAUGUUCUGAUGAAAGAAGGGUUUCUGGCUCCUGCAAAUUUGGGUGUAUCUCACUAUUGAUUUCAGCAUAAUUAUAAUAUUCAGAGGUUUAUGGUCGGUUGAUUACCCACAUAAUCAUCGAUCUUAUGUUUAUCAUUAUUAUUAUAAGUCUCUAAAUUAAACUCAACUGUGAGUGUUUCUUAGCUUGUACGUGGUUGAUUAAUUUGUUGUAUUUCAAGAUCGGCGACUACUACAAUCUUCCAUUGUUAUGGUCGUCGGCAGUUGUUUGUUGUCUUCAUUGCUGAAAAUCAUUUCAUGGUUUGAGAGAAUUUGUAACUCAAUAAGUGUUCGGUUUCUUUUUCGAAUGUUGCCAAUAUGAUCAUCACUGCUAAUAAUCAAACUUUUCCUUAGAACAAUGUUUGUAUAUAUACAUAUAUACAUCUAUGCACAUAU